CGGAGCGGCGUGGAAGAAAGUCAGCCUACUGGUGAGCCAGUCCGGCACGGCGCGUUGUCCCGAAUGCACGUCGAACCAUCGAUUUCCGCGUGUGCUGGCCACGUGAUCGUGCUCAAUCGCCACAUAUCUUUCCUUGUGUCCGCUGUUGCUGUUGCCGACUUGAUCUAUUCAUCUAGUUCUCGCUUCACGCCUCCAACAACUCGAUCGAACGCGAUACUUCUUCCAGUUCGAAGAAGUUCUGCCAUCGUACAUCUCGAAUCGAUCGCGUAAUCACUGGUCGAGCAGAUACUGCAGAGAGACUUUAACGGUAUACCGCGAAAGGUGGGUUACGCGAGGAAACCUGUACAGCCUGGUAACAAGUCGAAAGAAGCUGCGUUCGAGGAUCACGUGGUUCGAAUACUGGUGGAUGCAAGGGACAGGGACGGUUUGCUAGUCUUCUGGCGAUGAAAACGAGUGGCGAAUGAAUGGGAGUGGCCAGCAUUCCGGACUCUAAAGAUCAGCGGGCUUGCGAUGAAUGGAACGCUUUAAGAACGAUCCGGAAAAUGGAUGUCGCCAAGAGUGGAACGGAGGAUUUCGUGACGGUGGUCAGCGUCGAGGGCCAGCCACCGUCGGAAAAUUUCGUAACCGUAUUGUCCAUUGGUAGCGGUAAGAAAGAGGAUGAACCUCCUCUACCUGUAACUUUGACAAAGAACCCAAGCAACGGAGUCGAUGGACCACUCGAGGAAGAAGUCGAAGUGUACAGAUUACCAGGAGAGCGAUUAGGCUUUGGAUUGAAGUUCGAAGGAGGAAAUAAGACGUCUGAAAGGGUUAGGAGGCUGUUUGUUCAGAGCUGCGCGGAACAAAGCCCGGCCAGUAGAGCGAAAUGUUCGUGGGGUACUUUGGGAGAGGGUGACGAGGUACUCUCGAUAGACGGUGUACCAGUGACACACAUGACUCGGUUGGAUUGCGUGAGGCGAUUGAAGGAGUCACAGCUAGUUAUCAAGCUAAUGGUUAGGUGCAGAGGAGCGCUCAGGCCCGAAGUGGUGAGCGCUGAGAAAAAGAGUUCACCGGAGAAAAACAAAGUGCCGCCCGAAUUGCCAUCGGCGCCUCCGCCUGUACCGCCGCGAAAGUUGAGGCAAGCUCGAGGCUUGGCCGACGGCGAAGCGAACCCGAGUCCUGUCAAAAAAUCCUGGAACGGAUCCAGGUCGCAGAGUAGCUCGCACACUAUUUCGCAGACGAGUUCGCAAAAUAGUUCUCAAAAUGGAUCACCCAGCACGCAGCUAGCCAAUCAGCUCGACAGCAAGUCGAGUCCAUUCGAUAGCUGCGAGGCUUCCCCGAAAAGCAAUGGAUCCGUUCAAGAAAGCCCGAAGGGAUCGCCCAAGGAACGCUCGCCCGAAUUCGCGAAAUCGAAGCAGGAACCUCCAGAAGCGAUGGUAUACGUGGACGCCAGGUCGCAAUGUGGCUCGACUCACGGAAGCACGUCAGACGACACAGGUAGCUCGAUGUCAACAGUGAUCGAUCGAUUUUCAACCUCGGACCGAGUAUCCACAAUUUCAACUGCCUCGACUGCUUCCACAACCUCCGAGCAGCCGAACGAAUUCUCACGAAUCGACCAAGACUUCGACCGAUCCUCGGACCGCGACUCGCAACUGUCCAAGGCGAUUUGUCCAUUCGAGAACCUGGACGAUUACUCGUCAAACCCUCCCGAUUACCUGCUUCGCCGUCUAGCUAGCUCGGAAGCAGUGACCCACGUGGAGUCGCGAGGAGAAGUGGAGAAGAUCACCGCGGUAGUGGCACCGAACACUGUGCUGAUCGAGGAAACGAUCACCUUUCAGCCGCCGUUGAGCUUCCAGGACGCGCCGUUAAGCUACGGCCACGAAGCCAGACCUGAUCUUUUUUACACGGCCGAUCUGGCCGCCGACUCGACGACGCAUUUCAGGCCAAUUAAGGACGACGUGGAGCUCGUCGAGCGCGUGAACAGCAUCCACGAGGAGUUCCACGCAACGAGCUCCUCGAAGGAGCUGGAGAAGCACAAGGAGACGUCCAGCGGACGAAGUUCGGACAGGACGCCUCCGCCUCUGCCGGCGAGGAAUCACGUAAACAGGAUCAGCGUCAAUCAACCGACCAACGAUCGCGCCGUCGACUCGCGUUCCCAGAAACUGUCCGACCAGUCCUCCAUCGAGACUUCCGACAGCCAGGAUGCACCUGUUCUACCGCCCAAGCCGCUACCCAGAAGAGACGUCAAGAUCAGACGGAAGAGACCACCUCCGCCGCCGCCGCCACCCACGAUCGUGCCCCGAACCGAGGUCAAACCCUCCUCGUUACCCGAGUCCAGGCAAACGAGUUUCGAGGAGGACGACGAGCCACCGCGCCUCAACGCUGACAUCACCAGCAGCAAACUGGACGAGGUUGUCGUCAGGGCGAAGCUCGAGGACAGAUCGAAGAUUCACGACAGACGAGAUUUAGAAAUGAAUCCGACACUAUCGAAGAGUUUCGGCGACGAAGCUGGAGAUUCGGAGAAGAAGAGAAUCGAAGAAACGGAUGACACCGAGUCUAUGGAGGACUAUGAUCCUCGAGAGGACGAAGGCUUCAGGACGAACAAGGUGUUGGAGAUAAUCGAGAUAAGGAAAGCGAAAGCGUUCUCGCCUCGCAGGGCGAAUUUAACGAUGCGCGAGGACGACGAGGAGAAGAGUAAAUGUAAAAUUAAUGAUGAUGAACGAAGAAAUGAUGAUAGUGAAAGGACGAAGGUAAUAAAUGUGAGUAACAGUAACUAUCAGCAACCGGUAAGACCUAAACCAGAGCUUAGGACUUCACUUACGAUUUCAACUGAAAUAGAAGAUUCUGACGACGAAGGAGAACAGGUUACGAAGUUUAAUGAGCCGAUAGAUGAACAGGACGAUAAGAAGGACGUUAGAAACGAGAAUUUGGAUCAAUUUGGUUCACCGGUUAAAGCUGAUAUACUUGGACGACGAGAAAGCAGCGAAAGCGAGGAUUCCUAUCGAUCGUGUAACGAUAUUAGCGUGCAUAGUCUAACGAAUAGCUGUACCCAAAACAACAAGGAAAUUAUGGACGAGGAAGACACGAGCGAAGAAAGCGACGACGGAGAUUAUUACUGGCAGAGCAACUUGGCGACGAUUGGCGAAGAGGAGGAAACGAAUUCUCUAGAAUAUACGAAUCCGAAUAAAGAAUCGAACGACAGCGGGGCAAACGCCGUGGGAAAAACAGAACGACAGGAAUUACCGGGCAAGGAAAACAAAUUCGAUGCAAAUGCGCGGAAUGACGAGGUAGACAACGCGAAUCGAAACGCAAACUCUCUCGAGGCCACCGUUGAAAAUCUCCAAGCAGAGACGGUAAAUGGUAGGAUGGACAACUGCGGAGGCGGUCAGCGCCUGCCCCCGGACGGGGACGAGUUUCCAGCAGCGUACCAAGAGUUCGGUGGCAACAGCCAGCAGUACCGUUUCGUGACGACGAGCACGGCGACGGCGAGGACGUCGACGAUGAUCGCGAACGGUCGACUCGUUUGCAAUGAGAACGAAUCCUUCAUGAACAACGAAGGUUUCAAGUUGCUCGAGAACAACGUGGUCGCCGCAACUGGCAUUAUUUUAGCCGACAACAGGAUCACCGGUUUGACCAACGUGGAGAACGUCUGCCAGGAGGUGAGCAAGAUCGAACUGCCGAGCAUCGAGAUAAACGGCAAGAUGAGCGUCGAGAACGUUUGUCAAGAUACGAGCAACGUACUGGCUCGCGAGGUCCGCGUACUCGAAGACUCGAAGCCGUACAUCGCUGAUGACUUCGUUAAAAAGGCUGCGUCCGUGACCAACUACUCCAGCUACGGGAAUCAAGGUGACGCUAACAUUCUGGUGUCGGAGAAGAAGAUCGAAAUCACGGGUUACUAUCACAAAGACGUGGCCGUUAUCGAAGAGGCGCAGGACCAUACCGAGAAGGAUACCUUGGACACGCCUCCGCCAUUGCCGCUCACCGGUCCGCCCAAGUUAGAGACAAUCUGUCCGCCUAAGAUAGAGUCAAUCUGCCCACCUAAGUCAGAAAUUAUUUGCUCGCCGUACACGAGAAACGCGAUCUUAGAAUCGACGCCACGAAAAUUUUCAUUGAACGGCGACCUUCGACGGCAGGACGACAAGUCUGAACGAUCGGUUAGGGACAAGAUCGCUAUGUUUUCGUCGCAAAGCAGCCUGGAUGGUCCUCUGUUCCCUAAUUCGAUAGUGGCCGCUGCUGCAACGAACAACGUCAGAAGAUUGUCCAAGUACAAAUCCACGGAAGACGUGUGCAGCGACGAGAAAAGCUCUGGUCAGAAGGAGAGGACAUGCUUCUUCUCAGACAGAACGCAGAGUUCUUUCGAUUUGACAGAUUCGGGAAGAAACGUUAGUCAAGAUCCUGGGAAGAAGUACAGACGAUCGCCAAGUAUAACGCAAAGUUCGCCAGUGACGUCGCCGACUAUUUAUACUUCCAAGGCGUUUCCGAUCGUUCCACAAAAGCCUGUCACCUCGGCGACGACGCCAUUGAUCAGCUCGUUUGAAACAUCUUCGGUGCCUAAAUCACCGGCGAAGAAUUAUUCGUCGACGACUUCGAGUCAAAAUGCUCCGAGUGUCGCGAUAAAACCUGUGACAUCAACUGCGUUGUCUCGUGCCACCAGUUUCUGUGCGUCGAGUCCGUACGGUCAAGAUAGAACUUCCACGCCGAGUGAACUUCCCGCGUCGCCGCAAAUUACUAGAACGAAUUCGUUAGCAUCUACGUUCAAGAGGCCCAAUGAGGAUAUUAGGAGAACUAGUUGGAAUCAGUUGAUCGAGCAGAGGAAGAAGUCGAUAUCGAAACUGAGAGGACUGGUCAUUCCUGAAAAAGAAACGAUAUCGAUCGACGCGCCUAUCGUUGAUUUACCUGAAAUCAAGUCGCGAGAUUCGAUACUGUUGCAUCAGCUACCGAAAGUGAACAUCCAGGACAAGUGGGGUUCUCAGAGUUCCUUGGCGAGCAACGCGAGCACGGCCAGCGUGCCCUUGAAGGCGACCACUUCCUUCAAGAUGCCAGCUCCUCAGAUACACUCCAAGUACUCGCCAGCCUUCAAAAGGAAGAGCCUCGCGGUAUACGGCACUUCCUCCUCGAGUAAUUCCUCGAUAAACAGCGCUACGAAAAGCCCGUCGACAACUACAACCACCUCUACACCGCCGCUCUCCGAACCUCCGAAAAGCUUAGAGAGCAUCUGCAGUCCAACGCGAAGCGAUUACAGCUUCGAAUUCGCGUCUACAGCCAGUUCACCAGAGGGAUUACGUAACAGGCCCAAAAUGACGCAGAGGAAGACCAGGAUGGAUUACGACGACUCGGACAAUGAUUCGGCAGUUAGUAGCUCGCAGAGUAGCAUUUCUCGAGGCUUCAGUCCACCGAUGUCACCGGUUCCCUCGGAACGAUCUACGGUUUCGUCAGAGAGAUCCUACGUUUCUACGGAAGCCAACUAUCCACGACGAUCUCUCGUCAUGGACAGCCCGACUAGAACUUACGCGAGAGAAACAAGCGCAGAAUAUCCUGCCAGAUCCAAUAUCAUAAGCGACAGAGCCUUCAUCUCCGAGAGAUCUUCGUCGAGCAGUAGCAGCUCCGGUCUUAGAUCGCCAACGACAGAUUCAAACUCCAGGAACUCUCAGAUACCUCAGAGGCAAUUGAAACGAUCCAACAGUACUGACACCAAUUGUAGCACAUCUUCGACUCUCACUUCUGGAUCUCAGGCGAGCGCCGAGUCUCUGUCCAGAAGAGUACUCAAACCGCAGAGCGUAGAAGCUAUCAAUCGCAAAAAUAUUCUGGCUAGUGCUAGGUGUAGGAGCGGCAGGGAUCUCAAUGGAUCCCCGUUGAUUCAGAGGAAGUUUUCUGACGAUGAAUGUCGAUCGACGAUCACCGAGAACGGUGAAAACAGCUAUCAGAAAAAUCGUGUCAAGGAUACAGUUUCAGGUACACAGGAUGUGAAGAUCGCUUAUAUAGAGGUAACAGACUCGUUUGGAGAGGAUGAUUCUUUCGAGAAGGAUAGCGAAGAGUCGAAGCUGCCUUCGAAGAGGAACGUAACGUCCUCGACCGUGAGGCAGUCGAAGUUCGAGAUAAUAGAACCUUCGAAUGAUUUGAAAAUGUGGGUUCGUACAGAGGCGAAAGCUUUGGUUAAAUCGCCCGAAGAGAAAAUGGCUAAUAAAACAGAAAAGAAAUCUGACGUCGAUAUUAGCGCCGUAGAUAACGGUUUGAAGAACAAUAAGUCUGCCAUAAUCGAGGAACAACAAUUCAACUCGGUCGAUCUGUCGUCGACCAAUAGACGAAAACAAGGGAACGAAAACGAAUCUGGAUUGCUGCAAGUAUCGAAACAGCGAUCUCCUCCUAGCAUACCUCCGAAGAAACCUGCCGAAGAUCAGAACGAUCUUCUGACGAUCCUGACGACGAAGAGUAGAUCUAGGUCGGCGAUACACGUGGAUGAUGGAAGUUUUGGUCGAUCGAAGAGUCAGAUGAGCCUGGAGGAUAUUCUGAGCGCGAAAGCAGACACGAAACUGCGAGCUCAAAGUGGCGAAACGAGAACCGAAAGGAGCAGUACUCUCUCCUGCAACGUUCAGAACAGAUCGCAGUGGGAACCUAAGGACAAUCGAUACAUCAGAAGAAGCUCGUCGAUGUUAAGCGAGUACUGGAACGAGGAUAAGCCAUUCUCGAAGAUGGGAACGUUGGGAAAGUCGAGAGUAACUGACAACAGCGGAGACGAAAUGGCAGAAGCGGAAAAGUCAAAAUCGUUGCUAUCGAAAAUACCAACGACCAGAAAUCUUGGUCGAAGAAGCAUCAGUGUGACGGACAUGAAGAAGGCUCUGGAAGUGAAUAGUCCCACCAGCCCGCAACAAACUACUGUAGCUACUCAUAACCGAUUUCCCAGUUUGGACAGCAGCGUGGACGGAAACGUGUCUCCGGUUGGAACCGAUGUUGACACAGACAGAUGCUGCAGCGAGCAGUUUGGAAGUAUCAGUUCGUUGGCCAGUAGCACCAGCUUGAUUUCGCAACAGGAAUUAGCGCAGCUAGUGGAAGAGGCGAGUCUCGAAGAAGUUCGAGGUGCUCACGACGUGAUCGUUGUCUUACUUCAUAAGGAGAAUCCAACCGGUAGCGUUGGAAUCACUCUAGCCGGAGGGGCGGAUUGUGAAAUUAAAGAAAUCACGAUUCAUCGAGUACUGGCACAUUCUAUCGCUGACAAGGAUGGCCGUGUGCAGAGGGGAGAUAGGAUUCUAAGUAUAAAUGGCAGAGGCACGCAGGGUCUCACGCACAGAGAAAGCAUAGCGGUGCUCAAGCAACCCAGAUCGGAAGUUGUUUUAGUUGUUUCUCGAGCGAGGUCAGAGGAAGGGUGCAAAUUGAAAUCACGGACCGCGAGUGUCGAAACUAUUAUCGAAGGAUUCGAGACAAACGACACCUCAGAGGACACUGCGUGGGGUCCGCCGUCAGUUGUAGCGGUUUACAAGGAUGGAACUGGUUUGGGAUUCAGUCUCGAAGGAGGUAGAGACAGCCCCCUUGGGGAUAGACCGUUGCUGAUCAAGAAAAUAUUUACCGGAGGUGCUGCCGAAAAAACAGGUGCCUUGAAAGCAGGGGACCAGUUAUUAGAAGUGAAUGGGUACGAUGUGACACGUAUGUCAAGAAUCGAAGCGUGGUCCCUCAUGAAGAAACUACAUGACGGCGAAGUAAACCUCCUAGUCAGGCACCCUGCCACCAAAUCGUCGUGAAUGAUAGUCAAAUAAAAGUAAUCGUUCCGAACGAAUCAUCAUGACUGCAUAAAUGUAACGUUAUUACAAAACAACAAAUUUCGAAUGUGAGAAACAUAAUGAUUUCGUAGCAGGCAAUUUUUUUGUUGAAUUCGAAGGAUACGAUAUGUGCACCGUUUCGACGAUCUCCUGAUACAUUCUCAUGUUCGAAAUCACAAUGUAUCGCGUACUUAGUUUGUCUUUUCGUAUUCUCAAAAAAUAACAAACAUUUCGUUGGAAUCUACUUACAAUUAGGAUUCACAUAUUGUGCUUAUAUGUACGUAUAUCGAGAUAGCAUUUUUAAGUAAUUAUUUGAAAAAUCUCAGUCCACUAGGAGAUUUCUUUUUUUAAUGUCGUACCAUCGAGUACGAUGUGUGAAGUUUGUUUGCAUACAUUUCAUUAUUGUAAAGAAAGGAAUGCUUUUCCCAAUCUUACUAUUAGUCUGCAUUAUAAGCUUAAUCCAAGGAAUAACGUGCAUAUAAAUAUGCAUUCAUUUUAUGAUUUUGUUUAAUACAAUGUUAUGAAAUAAAUGAAGAAAAAUGAUUUGUAAAUAAGAAUAGCGUGCAAAAAUUUGAAAUGCAAUUGUUCUAGAAAUAUGGCAUAUAUAAUAUAAAAAAAAAGAAAUGUUAAUAUAAUGCAUUACUAAAGUAUUUAAAUGUAGACUGACAUUCGUUUCUAGGUCGCGUUUGUUAAAAAUCAUGCUGUGAUAUGUAUGUGUGUUAAUAUGAAAGUAAUAAGCAUUAAUAAAAGCGGCUUGUCCUUAACGAA